GUAAGCAGUCGUUUGACUGACGUAAUCUGACAUAAGACAACGUGACAAAAUUAACCUUAAAAUUCUGAAACUGCAGUUGCAGUUCCCAGCUGUGAUCCUAAAGAAAUUUUGUUAAAAACUAGCAUCAGUAUCUUAAAAUGUCUAGUGAAAUUGUGAACAGUAUUAACAACAUAGCUCUAAACAAUGACGAGGACUUUGUCGAUCCAUGGAACGUAGUCAGCAAGUCAGACACGGGUGUCGAUUAUGAUAAACUCAUUCAAAGGUUUGGCAGCUCCAAGAUAGAUCAAGAACUACUGGACCGCUUCGAAAAGAUCACAGGCAAAAAGGUGCAUCAUCUUCUACGAAGAGGUGUAUUUUUCUCACAUCGUGACAUGCACACCAUUUUGAACUUAUAUGAAUCAGGAAAACCGUUUUAUUUAUACACGGGGCGAGGACCUUCCUCAAAAUCUAUGCAUCUAGGCCACUUGAUUCCUUUUACUUUGUGCAAAUGGUUGCAAGAUGUAUUCAAUGUUCCUCUAGUUAUACAGUUAACUGAUGAUGAAAAAACAUUGUGGAAAGAUAUAAAACUAGAAGAAGCACAUGAGAUGGCUUAUGAAAAUGCUAAGGAUAUCAUUGCAGUAGGAUUUGAUCCAAAGAAGACAUUCAUAUUCUCAAACUUGGAUUACAUUGGGCAGUGCCCAGAUUUCUACCGCAACAUGAUCCGCAUCCAGAAAUGUGUCACCUUCAACCAAGUCAAGGGCAUUUUCGGCUUCGACGACAGCACCGUCAUAGGAAAAAUAGCAUUUCCAGCGGCCCAAGCCACGCCAGCCUUAUCAACUUCAUUCCCUCACAUAUUCAAUGGCAAGAAGUUUCCAUGUCUCAUCCCUUGCGCUAUAGACCAGGACCCAUACUUCAGGAUGACUAGAGAUGUUUGUCCACGACUUGGAUUCCAAAAACCAGCUCUCUUGCACUCUAAAUUUUUUCCAGCUUUACAAGGUGCUCAGACAAAAAUGUCUGCUUCUGAUCCGAACAGUACAAUAUUCUGCUGUGAUACACCAAAACAGUUGAAAAAUAAGAUCAACAAGCACGCGUUCUCAGGGGGACAGGUUACUGUAGAGGAGCAUCGGAAAAUCGGUGGGAAUUGUGAUGUUGACAUUUCAUAUCAGUAUUUGCGAUUUUUCCUGGAGGAUGAUGACAAGCUAGAACAAAUUCGAAAGGACUAUACGAGUGGUGCUCUGCUAACUGGUGAAUUGAAAAAAAUUCUUAUAGAUACAAUCACACCUAUAAUUGUGCAACACCAAGAGAGGAGAGCUGAAGUGACAGAUGAGGUGUUGAAAGAGUAUAUGAUGCCGAGAAAGUUGGAGUUCGAUUAUAAAUAACUGCAUUUUAAUUUAUAUGAUUAGAGUCGACAUGGGAAAGGUUAUUGUAACUCAUGUUUGAAUUUCUGUUUAUUUUAUGUUUUGCCACAGUGGUGGCCGAAAUUUAAACAUUUAUGUGGUUUGAUUCAGCCGUACAAUCGAGUCCGAUAGAAAAAGUUAUGUUUUCGUAUUUAUUUUUAUUUAUUUAUCAUGCAACUUUUGUAUACUAUGAUGGACGCUUAAAAUUUUGAUCAUUAAAAUAAAACAUUUUUAUAUUCA